AGGUCCCACUCACAGACUGAAUGAGUCCAUCUUUGGCUGUCGGACGGACUCCUCAAGAGCACAGGACGGAUGCAAACAGACUAAACACAUAUUUCCAAAGACCCUCAGCGUCUCCGCCAGCGGUGCUCUAACCGAGCGGGGGGGAUCUCACACCGGGUGGAAGAGUCGUUUCACAGACAGGGAGAAGAUGCCAUUCCACCAUGUGCGGGCGGGCCUGCUCUAUCCAGACAACUACCUGAGCAGCUCCCUGACGGAGGGCAACGAAGCCUUCCAGCUCAACAGCAUCUCCACCGAGGAGCUGGGAGAGAUCCGUGAAGCCUUUCGUAUUUUGGACCGUGAUGGGAAUGGUUUCAUCUCCAAACAGGAACUGGGCAUGGCCAUGCGCUCCCUGGGUUACAUGCCCAGCGAAGUGGAGCUGGCCAUCAUCAUGCAGAGACUGGACAUGGAUGGGGAUGGCCAAGUGGACUUUGAGGAGUUCAUGACGAUACUGGGGCCCAAACUGCUGUCUUCUGACAACAGAGAAGGGUUCCUGGGCACCACCAUCGACAACAUCUUCUGGCAGUUUGACAUGCAGCAGCUGUCUCUGGAUGAGCUGAAGCAGGUGCUGUUCCACGCCUUCAGGGACCACCUGACAAUGAAGGACAUCGAGAACAUCAUCAUCACCGAGGAGGAAGGCCUCAACGAAAGCUCAGGGAACUGCCCUGAGUACGAGGGAGUCCAUCCCAAGAAGAAGAAUCGGCAGACGUGUGUCAGGAAGAGCCUGAUCUGCGCCUUCGCCAUGGCUUUCAUUAUCAGUGUCAUGCUCAUCGCAGCCAAUCAGAUGCUGCGGAACGGCAUGGAGUAACCAAUUGCACUGUGAGCAUGGCAAGUGGACAGAACAGCCACGACCUCACAUCUCGUCUUUGCAGCCAAAGCAGGACCAGCUACAACCCGAGCACUUCUCUAAACAAUCAGUUGAGGUUUUUUUAGGUUAAUUUGAACUUAGAAGUAGUAAAUGUGAGUGAGGUGACGAGAAAUAUAAAUUUGUUUUGCAUUGAAGAUGUCACCAUGUAUAGUUACUGGACUUACUGGUCACAAAGAACUGAAACAAUUAUGUUUUUAUAAAAAAAAACGUGAGAAUAAAUAGAGGGUGUUAUUUUGACAGAGACCACUCUUUAAACUUGAUUUUCUAAUUACCAGAAAAAGUUUAUCAGGUGCUUUGAGCCAUUCCUAAUUUAAAAAUAACAGUGGUUAUUAUGAACAACUGCAUAUUUACCUUAGAGAAGUAGCUGAAUGUGAGUGAAUGAGAGCACUGAAUGUCAGGCACUGUAUUUAAAUGUAUUGUAAAUCCAUCACAUCUCAAAUAGUCAUGUUUAAACAUCAUCGACCAACUCAGUCCACUAAAUGUCGGGGCAUAUGAAGUCUUUGUGUAAGGAGCACAACUCAAUACUCAGUGAGGGGAAACUUGGGAAUCAUCUCUUUGUCUGUAGGUGUGUCAAAGAUAGUAACUAAUGUAUCACAAAAUAUAUUUGGUCUAUACUAGAGCACAUGGAUUUAAAGCAAAAAGCAGAGUAGGUGUCAAAAGGUCUCUUUUUGCCUUAAUUCUGUGCUUCAGAUGGACCAAAUAUCUGAAGUCUCUCCUGAUAAAUUAACUUCCUACUCUGAGAGACAGUCCAAAAAUGUAUUUCUCAAGGGGGUUUGAAGCGGUUAACCUCUACCUUCACUAGACAGUACAUAAUAAGCUCAGGCCGUCUGAGAGGAAAAUAUAUGAAGGUUUGUGAUAAUUAGUAGGAACAGAUAUAAAUUCCCAUGUUUUCAGUUAUGCGUUGGUAAAAAAAUCCUUCACCUCAACAUCUCCUUGUAAUAAGACCCAACUGUGGUAAUUAUAAACUGCACAAAAAGCAUGCCAGUAUGUACACUGCCAUAUCAAACAUUUGUCUAGCUCCCAUGAAUCUCUCUGUAUAUAUAGUAGUAAUUAUCUUGUGUAAUGUAGUGUUUGUUCACAACAGCAGAAUGUAUGAAGGGUGGAAACUAGUGAGAUAAAUCAGGGAUAUACAGUUGAGCUGUGACACGCUGGAAGUACAGCAGCAGUUUCUUUUUGGAAAAGGUUGCAUUCUAGUGGUUUAAAUGAGAACUGCAGCUAAACACUUGAACUACCAUGUUUACAAGGUGUUCAGAAGUGAAGAACAACGCCACUGAAUUUGAGCUUAGAUAUUUGUUGUGUCGAUGUCACAUUUUGGUCUGAUUUGGUUCACUGUUUCUUAAAUGCAAAACCAAGUGUUUCCCCAAGAACCCAAAUUGUGUUGUCGCACCAGCACACUGGCUGAUGCAGGACCUUGGUUAGUUUCUGGAGUCAUAGCUAUGGUUUAUGGUUCAGACCAUCGACCUGAUAGCACUACCAUUUUAAAGAGCUUACUGGAGUCAGGGGGUUUGACAAGAACAGACAGUCAUGCUCGUCUUUAUAAUGGAGCCCCCCGAGGAUGAAAAUCCCAGUGACUCCACAGAUUACGUUUGAGGAUUUUCUUUUUUCUUUCGGUGUAGAGCUCUGCGUUACAGAAAUGUCAUUGUUAAUCAACUGUUAGAAUAGUAUCAUACCAGUAAUGAUGUCCAUUAUUCUGUUGUCCAAGCAGAAGAUUUAGAUCAAAUAGUCAUUUCAAAACAAGACUACGACUGAGAUUAAGUUAUUUUAAAGGUCACCUAUUAUGCAAAAUCCACUUUUUCAUGUCUCUUCUACAUCAACAUGUGUCCCCUCUGUGUAAAGAGAUUCUGAAAGUUUCAGGAAAAAAG